UUGCAGGUCCUAAACCUGCAUAAUUGCGGUCUUGGAGAAGAGGGGCUGAAGAAGAUCACAUCUCAUCUUGAGAAGCUUGAGAAUAAAGACAGCUUAAUAUCACUCAAUCUGUCUAAAAAUCGUAUUAAUAUUAUUUGUCCUGAGUUUUGCACACUCUUCAGCCAAUUUACAAAUCUCCGUGAAUUUAUCCUAAAUGCAAAUACCAUAGAAGAAAAGAGCAUGUCCCAGUUUCUGAAGAGUGUGGAAAAUAGAAGCUUAGAAGUUCUGAACCUAACAGACAAUUUUGUAUGCGGAGAGGCCAUAGAGCAUCUUGGCUCUCUUUUUCUGAAGAAUACUAUAAAGGAGCUCUAUCUGCAAGAUAUUAAGGUAGAUAAGGGAGACAUCAAUAAGCUACUAGGAAUGCUCAAGACAAAGAAGGCGACUUUCCAGGAUCUAUGGAUUGCUUGA